AUGUACUUCUCUUCUGCCCUUCCUCUAUUGGCCGCUGGCCUAGCCUCCGCUGCUCCUGUCAUUGAGAAGCGUGCCUCUCAGAUCAACGACGGAGUCAUCCUCAACUACGCUCUUACUCUGGAGCAUCUCGAGGAUAAUUUCUAUCGUCAAGGUCUCUCCAACUUUACGGAGAAGGACUUUGCGGAUGCUGGUUAUGACUCCACAUUCUACAACAACAUCAAGAAGGUCUCUUCUGAUGAGACUGCUCACGUCGACUUUAUCACCAAGGCUCUCAAGGCUGCCGGCGUCACACCCGUCGAGGAGUGCACAUACUCCUUCGGUGUCACAGACGUCAAAUCCUUCCUCGCAACCGCCUCCGUCCUCGAAGGCGUCGGCGUCUCAGCUUACCUCGGCGCCGCAGCCGACAUCAUGAGCAAGACGUACCUCACCGCCGCCGGAUCCAUCCUCACCGUCGAGGCCCGUCACUCAUCCUACAUCCGCGGUGCUCUCAAGCAGGUCCCCUUCGCCCAGCCCUUCGAUGCUCCUCUGAGCUACAACGAGGUGUACUCUCUUGCUUCAGGCUUCAUCACCGGCUGCCCCAAGGAGAACCCUGCUCUGCCCGUCAAGGCUUUCCCUGCUUUGGCUGCUGCUGCUUCGAGCAGUGAGAUUAAGACUGGUGAUACUGUUACGCUUCAGACUCCUGGUUAUACCCUCGAGGGCGCCAAGGGCCAGGGAGUCUAUGCUGCUUUCAUCGCUGUCACUGGACCUACCUUUGUUGAGGCCAAGGCUGUUGAUGGUGGUUUCUCUGUUGAGAUUCCCGAAGGCUUUGCUGGACAGACUUAUGUCGUCCUUACUGGCUGCAAGGAUGUUGUCUCUGAUGACACCGUCGCCGCUGGUCCUGCCAUCAUUGAGAUCUCCAGCUAA